CAAUGACUAGAAAAUAAAAUCUCGAGUUUAUGGACAGUAUCAAGUCCACCGUCUACAUUCAUUAUCGGAUUUGCAUUGAGUUAAGUCAAUAGGCGAAGAAAGUUGAUACAGUAUGGAAUUCCGCAGGAUGGUUAGGUUUCUCACCCUCUGCCAACAAUUUUUUCUGAUUAUUUACGUUUUCUGUUCAAAAUUUGGCAUUUCUAGAGAUACAAUCACUGCCGAUCAUGUUAUGGAAGCAUCAGAAACUAUACUCUCCAAUUCCCAAAUUUUCAAGAUGCAAUUUUUUAGCCCGGAAAAUUCUACAGAGUAUUACGUUGGCAUCAUGUUCAACGUCCCUUCAAUGGCCGUUGUAUGGGUAGCCAACAGAGACAAAGGUAUGGAUGAUUCCAGGGGAAGCAUGGGAAUCUCAGAAGAUGGGAAUCUUGUGGUGUUGGAUGGAGAGAAGAGACUAGUAUGGAAAUCUAAUAUUUCUACUUCUUCUCCUGCAAAUACUUCUGCUCAGCUCCUGGAUACUGGAAACUUGGUGUUGAAAGAUAGCUCAAGUGGAAGAUAUUUAUGGGAAAGCUUUGGUGAAACUUCAGAUACUUUUCUUGAGAAAAUGAAAAUUGGCAGUGGAGUGAUGAGUCUUGAUAUGAUGAAUGAGUUGAGAUCCUGGAAAAGUCCUUGGGAUCCAUCCCCGGGGAGUUUUUCUUAUCGUCUUCAACCUCAAAGCAUUCCAGAGGUGGUUGUCAUACAAAAUGACAGUAAGCUUUACUGGAGAAGUGGUCCAUGGAAUAAGCAGAUAUUCAUUGGACUGCCUCACAUGAAUUCUUUCUAUAACUCCGGAAUUCAAAUCAUUAACGACAACGCGGGGGGCAUGGCCUAUAUAACCUAUACCAACAUGAAGCAGUUCAAUAAACUGCACAAUGUCCUCAACUCUACCGGUUGUUUCUUGGAGAGGUAUUGGGAUGAAGAGAAGAACCAAUGGGUGGUGUCAUGGGAAAGCUGUGGAAGUGGUCAAUGUGAUAUGUAUGGCAAGUGUGGACCUUUUGGAGUUUGUGAUCCCUCGGCUUCAAAUAGUUGUAGUUGUUUGCAGGGCUAUAAACCCAGGAAUGAAAUGGAAUGGGGAAAUGGUAAUUGGAGCAGUGGGUGCAUCAGAAAUGCUGCACUUCAGUGUCACAGAAACAACUCGGACGAGGCAAAGACCAAGAAAGAUGGAUUCUUGAAGUUGCAGAUGGUGAAAGUGCCAGAUUUUGCUCUUUGGGUGUCUUCUGUAUAUGACACUUGUGAAACAGACUGUUUGACAAAUUGUUCUUGUAUAGCUUAUUCAUACUACACGGGCAUUGGUUGUAUGCACUGGUCUGAAGAUUUAAUUGAUAUCCAGCAAUUCUCCAUGGGAGGAGCAGAUUUAUACAUUCGUCUACCAUAUUCAGAACUUGAUCAAAAGAAAGGAAGGAAAGACCACAAAGUCAUCAUUAUUGUAAUUACAUUAUUGAGUAUAGGCUCACUAGUAAUUGCUUCUUGCAUGUACUCUGGUUUGGUAAAGCACAGAGGAAAGAAGUGGAAUCACAUUAUACAUUGGGGCAGAAUAUCUUCAAAAAACAUGCAUAGAGAAGGCGCCAGCCAAGUAGAGUUUGAUGAGCUACCAGUAUUUAACUUUGAGACCAUAGCAAAAGCAACUCAAAAUUUCCAUUCCAACAAUAAGCUUGGGCAGGGUGGUUUUGGUCCCGUCUACAAGGGAAAAUUGGAUGAUGGACAAGAUAUUGCUGUGAAAAGGCUUUCAGAAUCAUCUUCUCAAGGCCAAAAAGAAUUUAUGAAUGAGGUUGUUGUGAUUUCCAAACUCCAACACCGAAAUCUUGUUAGGCUGCUUGGGUGUUGUAUAGAAAGAGGGGAGAAAAUGUUGGUUUAUGAGUUCAUGCCAAAUGGAAGUUUGGAUGCUCUUCUCUUUGAUCCCAACAAAGAAGUGUUUCUUGAUUGGAGGGAGCGAUUCAUGAUUAUUGAAGGAAUUGGUCGAGGCCUCCUUUAUCUUCAUAGAGAUUCAAGAUUAAGAAUUAUUCAUCGAGAUCUCAAAACAUCUAACAUCUUAUUGGAUGAACAAUUAAAUCCCAAAAUAUCUGAUUUUGGCUUGGCCAAGAUAUUUGGAGGCAAUCAGAAUCAAGCGAGCACUCAAAGGGUUGUUGGCACAUACGGAUACAUGGCACCAGAAUACGCAAUGAACAGAAGAUUUUCAGAAAAGUCUGAUGUGUAUAGUUUUGGAGUUUUGUUGCUGGAAAUUGUUAGUGGGAGGAAGAACUCUGCAUUUUACCAUGAUGACUUUGCAAUAAGCCUUGUAGCACAUGCAUGGAGACUGUGGAAUUUAGAGAAGAUAGAAGAAGUGGCAGACCCUGAAGUGUAUGAGAUGCGUUUCAAAAUGAGUAUCAAACGAUGUGUUCAUGUCGGUCUAUUGUGUGUUCAAGAAUGUGCAAAUGACAGACCAAAUGUUUCAACUAUUCUGUUAAUGCUUAGCAGUGACAUUGCAGAACUUCCCUAUCCUAAACAACCUGCAUUUAUUGGAAGGCAAAGCUCUCCGGACAAUAAGUCUAGCGGUUCUUUGAAUGGUGUUACAAUUUCUAAUAUUGAAGGAAGAUAAUCUCACGCAACCAACUAAUCCAAUAAUUCUCUUGUAAAGCUCUGGUUAAUGAGGUAAGUGUAUACAAAAUAUUGGUAUUUUCAAACCACGAUAGGGAAGUAAGGUUAGCAAUUUGAAGUAAUUGAUAAAUGGAUUGUUAAUACAAUUAUAGUGUUUGAAAA